UGUACCCCUCACAACGCUCGCGUACCCCGUAUCUAUCCUAUCCCGUACAAUAUGGCGCAACCUACUGAGAAGGAGAAGAUGCUCCGUGGAGAUCUCUACUGUGCUUUCACCCCAGAACUGAUCCGUGAGCGUGACAAGUGCGAGCACGCUUGCAAUCGUUUCAAUACCGCCGGGGAAAUGACACGCCGACGGAUGAUCGAGCUGUGGCGAGACAUCGUUCAGGACACACGGCCACUGCCUCCCCCAGUAGAAGAUCUGGCUGCAGAUGAGGCCCUAUUCGCCAAUGAGCCGUGGGUGCGGGGUCCCUUUCACGCAGAUUAUGGCUACAAUGUAAGAGUCGGCAAAGGUGUCUUUAUCAACUUCAACUGCGUUAUUAUCGACACCUGUCUAGUCACUAUUGGAGCUCGCACUCUCUUCGGCCCUAAUGUUCAUCUGUACAGUGGCACUCAUCCCCUGGAUCCCGCAGUUCGCAACGGGUUCGAAGGACCGGAGACGGGCAAGGAAGUCCACAUUGGAGAAGAUUGCUGGCUUGGAGGGAACGUGACUGUUCUGCCCGGAGUUACGAUUGGCAGGGGAGCUACAAUCGGGGCAGGAAGUGUGGUUACCAAGGUGCGUCCAUUGUCACUGCUGCUCAUGUGCUGUUGUUCACUGUAAGCAGGACGUUCCUGCCUUUCACGUUGCUGCAGGGAACCCAGCUCGCAUUAUCCGUAAGAUCGAAACAAGG